AUGUGUCCCGAGGGAUUGGAUGGGUGCAGAUCCGGGGAUUGCUCCCGCUCUCCCAGCCCUGUGCCGGCCGCUCUCCAGCAGGAGCCCAGCGAGGAGAAACCUCCCUCCACCGCGGGAGCCGGGAGCGGGAGCCGGGAGCGGGAGCCGGGAGCGGGAGCCGGGAGCGGGAGCCGGGAGCGGGAGCCGGGAGCGGGAGCCGGCAUCGCCCUAUUUGGCGCAGUCAGCAGGUCCUGCCGGGCUGCCAUCGCCCCCCUCGCGGCACAGGAAUGCACGGGCAGCCUGCGCCGUGUCACAGCGGGAUGCUCGGGGACCCCGCCGGGCAGCGGGGCGGGGCAGGUUGCACCCCAAAACGUGGCCCCUUCCAGGGCUGAUGAUGGGGAGCACCGUGGCUGCUUUGCUGACGGGACAAGCCAGGAAACACCCCCAGCCCCAGCUGGAGCUCAUCUGGGAGGGGGCUGGGGGCUGCCUGCCUUCCCCUGGCCUCCCACACCCCCUCCCCAUCCCGGCUGUAAUGAGAACAAGCUGGUCCCGGGCUGCGACGCAGGAGGAGGAGGAGGAAGAGAAGGAGGAGGAGAAGAGGGAGAAGGAGGAGGCUCCAUCCCAGCAGGCUGCAGAAAGGGGCUCGAGGUGUGUGGGACAGAUCCCGUCUUCCCGGCUCCCUCCUGCCGGCUGCGGGCGAGGUCUCCUGCACGAAUCCUGGGAAUGGGCUCGGCCAUGGGCACGUGGUUGCUGCUCCUGGUGCUGCUGGUGGCAGGCCCGGCACAGGCGGCGGCGCCGCGGCAGCGCCCGGUGUUGCCGGAGCCCGCGGGCAGCGGGGACGGGGACGAGGCGUCGGCCACGCUGCCUGCCCAGCCCGUGACCCCCCGGGUCAGCCCCACGGUGGGGGACGUGCCGGGCACCACGGUGACCAACAGCUCGGCGCCGGGCGUGCUGGACGGGCUGGUGGACUUCUUCAAGGAGUAUCUGCUGCUGGUGGUGGUGGUGGGCUCACUGUCCUUCGUCCUCCUCUUCAUCAUCUGCGCCGCCGUCAUCGUCCGGCAGAAGCACAAGGCCUCCGCCUACUAUCCCUCCUCCUUUCCCAAGAAGAAAUACGUGGAUGAGCGGGACAAGUCGGGGGGAGCGCGGGCGUUCAGCGAGGUGCCCGACAGAGACCCCGAGGCCGGCGCAGAGGAGCCGCUGGACGGCGGCCGGCAGCUCCAGGCGGACAUCCUGGCUGCUGCCCAGAACCUCAAAUCCCCCCACAAGGCGCCGCUGGCCAACGGGGCCCAGGGCGAGCAGAAUUCCCCUCAGGAGGAGAAGGAGGAGGAGGAAGAGGAGGAAGGAAAGAAGUUGAGGGAUGAGCAACCCAAGGCUCCCGCCCAAAGUCCAGGUGUGGAGGAAGAGGCAAGCGCAGGAAGCAAGGAGACCCCUGAUGCAGCCCAGGAUGGCUCCCAGGCUGCCUCUGGAAUGUGAGGCAGGGACACAGUCCCAGCCAUCCUGAGGAGCCGCUGGCUUGGGACACACGAUGGACAUGGUGGAUCAGCCGUACGUACGUGGUGGCCCAAGGAGGCCCCGAUGAAGAUCCCAUUCCCCCCCAGCUCCCCUGACCCUCGUGCUGGUGGGGUGCUCAUGGAGGGGGAUUUGCCAGCUGGUGCUUUUCCCCAGCACUAGAACACUGUCAGCCCCAGCUCCUGCUGCCCAGGGGGCUUCUCCCAGCCCAGGCACUGGGUGGGUGCAUCCCCCCAGCUCCAGCUCUGCCCCCAUUGUGCCACCAGCUUCCUCCCAAAUGUUACUUUAAUCAGCAGCAGCAGCCUGGUCCGUGCCGGGCUCCUGGCCGGGAGCUGUGUCUGUCUGGGAGGAAGGAUGGGAGCAGAGCUGGAGGUCUGUAGGGCCUGGGUCAGCUUUGCCCAGGGCCACCCAAGGGAAAGAGGGAUGAGGAUCUGGGGACAAGAACCCUCCUUUCCUUCUUUCACCCCAGAGCCCAGUUGGAUUUUUGCCUCACUUCCUGAACCCCUUCAGCUAGAAAUAAACGUUUCCUCCGCA